AUGGUUGCCGUCAUGAAACAUUUUGCCAAAGGCAUUGCAUCGGAUUCCUUAGAUGAUUACACACAAAUGGGAGCGACCACUAUCUACUAUUAUGCUAUGAAGUUUAUGGAUGCAAUUAUUUGGAUUUAUAAUGGUCGAUACAUGCGUCAACCUACCGCUCAAGAUACAAAAAGGAUUUUGGUAGAAAAUGAAACUCGGGGAUUUCCUGGUAUGCUUGGUAGUGUCGAUUGUUUUUACUGGGCAUGGAGAGCAUGUCCAAUGGAUCAAGCAGGAUCCCAUAACGCACAUGGAGAUUAUAACGCUGAUCAAUUGCCAAAGGGGAAGCUAAGGCUGGUUUAUUUUACUUUCAUCACAAAAGGGGUUGGUUCAACAGCGCCAGAUCCAUCAGAGUUUGAAGCAGUUCCACUUGGGAAGCCAAAAAGACAACGAGACCGAAAGGAAGAUUGCUUAAAAGAUUGCUCUCUCGGGAUUCAUGCACCUAGUCUUAUUUUUCUAACUUACCUGGGUGGUGUUCCAAAGGAAUUUAUCUUGUCUGCCUUUCCAACGCUAGUUGAAGCACAGGUUUCAUUUUUGGUUGACGAAUACGAAUAUUAUUAUGGUCAAACAUGGGAGCAAAGGAUAGGUCAUGCUGCAGCUAUAAGUGGAUUCCUUCGAGCGCUUGAACAUGUAAAACAUCUAUCUAUCUCUGAUGAAACCCUGCAGGCCCUCUCCUUUGCAGAUGAUCGGUUAAACAACUUGCCAACAUUUCAUAAUGUUAAACAGUUGACGAUAACUGAGGAAGUAGACACUGAUGAAAUAUUAUAUGCUGUGCUUAAAGCAACACCAAAUGUGGAGUCACUCAUAUUUGACAGGUUGAUUACUCCGUGUUACAAAGAAGAAAAUGAAGAAGAAGAAGAAUGUGACAAUGGAAACAGCAAAUCUGCAGGUGAUGAUGACGGCGUGCAUAACGAUGAGAGUGAAGUAAACCAUGAUAAUGAAGCCAACAACUCUGUUCUGGUUGAGGGGGAAAACAACCAAACCACAAAAAACGAUGGUUGGGAGCUCGAUAUGGUUCAUAUCGGACAUUUAUUUCUUCAUCUCAAAUCUGUCUGCUUUCAACAAUUUAUUGGGAAGGCGAGGGAGAUGAGGUGGGUCAAACUGAUUUUGAAGAAUGCAAAACCUUUGCAAACAAUGAUUAUCUCAUGUGGAACUGAUACUGCGGUUGGCUUUAUUAAUCCAAAAAGCAAAGAAGAGCUUAUGGUAGAGAUACCAAGUUUUGCAAGAGCCUCUUCAAGUUGUGUGUUCAAAUUCUCCUCUUUUAUUGAUGACUGAUAUAUUAUUGAUCCCACACCUUUUGGAUGUUUGUCGUUUUAUCUCAGUUCUUGUAAGUUGAAAAAUCUGGUAAAUAAUAAUCAUCUUUGUUAA